AUGGUGUGGGCAGGCAAAGACACGCACGCCUACAAGAUGGGAGAAGAUGUGGUAGUGUGGACUGACAAGGUUGGUCCUUACAACAACCCACAGGAGACGUACGAAUAUAGCACACUUGGCCUGUGUGAGCUAGAAGGCGACGACAUUGCAGUAGAGCAAGGAGAGCUUUCGAUCGGUGAGACGCUUGAAGGGCAUGCCUUCUUCUCAUCGCCAAGGCUGGACAUCCAUUUCGGUCAAAACAAACCGCAGACGCCGCUCUGCAACAUGAGAUUGAAAGACGAGCAAGCCAAGGCUCUGGCUACAAUGAUCAACGACAACUACUGGUAUCAGCUCUACAUAGAUGACUUGCCCAUUUGGGCGUUUGUUGGGGAGCACUCCAAGUUUGCUGUAGACGUCAGUAGAUUUUCCAUGAUGUACCGAGACAACAACAAGUCUCUUCAGAUGCCGUCUGGGUCGGCACCGCCCGUUCCAAAGCAGCUCAAGGGCAAACCUCUUCCCAGAAUCUACACGCACCGGCACUUCACCCUCUUCUACAACAAUGAUCAAAUUAUUGAGGUAGACAUGGAGCCGUCGAGUCCGUGGCCAAUCUACGCGGGAGCUCCAUUGAAUUUCUCGUACACAGUUCUUUGGUUCCCCACCAACAAAGAAUUCAAGGACAGGACAAAUCGAUAUUUGGAUCCGAAAUUCUUUGAGCACAAGGUUCAUUGGUUUUCAAUUGUGAACUCCUUUAUGCUUUGCCUCUUCCUUUGUGCUGUUGUUGCUAUCAUUUUGAUGAAGACCCUCAAGCAAGACUUUACGCGCUACUCUGCCAGCGAAGCUGAAGAGCUGGAAAACCUCGACGGUGUUGGUGACGAGAGUGGGUGGAAGCAAGUCAACGGUGAUGUAUUCAGAAAACCAGAUCAUCUCGCAAUCUUCACGGUGGUGUAUGCAUCUGGCUGCCAUUUGGCAUGCACCGUCUUCAUUGUGCUCAUUUUUGCGAUAUGCAAUUCGUACUAUGCUUCACGGGGGGCAACGGCAGGCUCCUUCGUAAUAGCCUAUCUUUGCACUGUCAUUGUUGGUGGCUAUGAGGGUGGCAGGAUAUUCCGAAUGUUUGGAGGGCAGCAAUGGAAGAGGACUUCUUCCGGAAACGAUUGGCUCACUUUGCUGUCAGACUUCUUGUUGAUAGAUUGGAGGACGAUGGUUUACCAGUGUCUAUUCAUGCCGGGUGUUGUGUUCAUGAGCUUCGUCGUCAUCAACACCACGGCAAUUUUCUACAGAGCUACGAUGACUGUACCGUUCAAGACGAUUUUCAUCAUCAUUGUCCUCUUUCUAGCUGUUUGCGUGCCACUGCACACAGUUGGCACACUGUUGGGACGAAGGGCAGCAGCUGAGCGAUCCUUUCCAUGCAGAGUUCAUCACUUGAAAAGGCCCAUUCCAACGAAGCACUGGGCCUUUACACCUGUCAUGACGAUGGUCGCAGGUAUUGUACCCUUUGGGUGCCUCUUCAUUGAAAUGUACUUCAUUCUCUCAGCGGUUUGGAGCCACAACAAGAUCUACUACGUCUAUGGCUUUAUGUUUGCCAUCCUCGUUUUGCUAUGUCUGGUAAUAAUUUGCGUUAGCAUUACUUGCACUUACAUCCUUCUGAAUGCGGAGGACUAUAGGUGGCAGUGGCAGUCAUACAUUAGUUGUGCAGCAACUGCGCUCUACGUUUUCCUGUACACCAUCCACUACUUCUACAACUCAACGCAGAUGUCUGGCUUUCUGCAGACCGUCUACUACUUUGGUACAUCCUUCAAUUUCUGCAUUGGCCUAGCUCUUUUUUGCGGUUCUUUGGGCUUCAUCGGCGCCUCCAAGUUCGUCUUCCUUAUAUAUAGCAAUAUCAAGGCAGAGUGAAGUUGAGUGAGUGAAGGAAACGCACUCAGAACGCCAAAGCAGUGGUGCAUGCAGACUUGAAACAGAGAGUGGCAUUGUACCCAGUUGCAACUUGGCAACCUCCUCGCAAUUGAAGAAAAAA